UCAAUAGAAGAAUAUGUCCUCGUUUCUACGCAUGUCACCCACUCAGGUGAUAUUGCUGCUACUCUGCCUCUUUUGCCUGCAACACACAACACAAAGUUGGGAAUUUUUUCGUCGCCUCCGACAAAAGAAAGCCGAUAAAUUUUGGGCACGCCUAAUUGGACAGAAGACUGUGGAUGAUGUGCAUGAAGCGUUCAAUGGCAACUUGCUCAUUACGGAUUUGGAUCGCAACAUGCGUCACCUUUUCGUCAACAUACGACGCUACGGCAUGGAACGCGCCGAUAUGGAUCAAGUAUUUGCAAAGAAUCGUGCUGAGGGCAAAAUGCAACCCGUCAUACCGCCAACGGAACCCUUUCCUUGUGAUCUCAGCUAUGCGCGCUCUACAUUUCCACCCACCUCCGUGCAUGAGCUGCGGCCGGGUGAUAUCGAUGUGAUUGCAUCCGUCGGCGAUUCGCUAUCCGCUGGCAAUGGCAUUAUGUCCGAUCGUGUGCUGCAUAUAUUAAAUGAAUUUCGUGCAUUCUCCUUUUCGGGUGGCGGUUAUGGCGAUUGGCGCAGCUAUCUGACACUACCGAAUAUUUUACGUGUCUUCAAUCCGAAUCUCUACGGUUAUUCGACGGAAAAUGAAUUGACAGUGGAUAGCACAUCACGUUUGAAUAUCGCCGAACCGAUGAUCAUGUCACGCGAUCUGCCGUUUCAAGCGCGUGUACUCAUCGAUCGCAUGCGUCAGGAUCCCAAUGUUGAUAUGGAGAAUCAUUGGAAAUUACUCACCAUAUUUGUGGGCAAUAAUGACGUUUGCUCGGACAUGUGUCAUCAUGACAAUGCGACAGAGUUUGUACGCAGUCAUGAACUCGAUAUGCGUCGUACGCUCACCUUGCUGCGCGACAACGUGCCACGACUGCUGAUCAAUCUGGUGCCGGUACCGAAUAUGGUUAUCACCAUCUAUCCAAUGAAAGAUGUGCCGUUUGGUUGCUUUGCUGUACAUCAUCUCGGCUGUCAUUGUAUAUUCAGUCACGCUGUCGGCGAAAAGGAACUACACGAAGCUUACGAUCGCAUAACACGCUGGCACGAAGCCGAUCAGUAUAUUGUUCAGUUGCAAGAAUUCCAAACAAAUGAUUUUGCCGUUGUCUAUCAACCGUUUACGGCGCAUGUGCCGCCACCAAGACUUAAUAAUGGUGAAAUAGAUUACCGUUAUUUUGCUAGCGAUUGCUUCCACUUUAGCCAGUUGGGUCAUGCCGCCAUGGCGAAUACACUGUGGAAUAACAUGUUGCAACCAGUGGGUCAAAAGCAAGCGAAUAUGGUGCCGCCGUUCAGUCAUUUUGAGUGUCCCACUGACCAGCGGCCCUACAUUGCCACCUUUUACAAUAGUUGGGAGCGGAAGUGAGCCUUGAAGUUCCUUGUUAAUAUUUUGUUGUCUUAAUUUG